AUGAGUUUAACAAGUCGAUUUCUAUAUCAAAGAAAUAAAUAAUCAAUUCAAUAGUAAAAAUAUUAAUAUAGAAAUCCCUUAAAUGAUAAUUUUAAUGAUUUUAGCAAAUUGUAUGUUAACAAAAUUAUCCAUUAAUUACCUCCUAUUAAUGAAGAUAAAAGACAUUAAUCACAUUCAUUUCGAUAUGAUUCUUAAAUUAAUUAACUCUUCAAUUAAAAUCAACAUAUCUUAGACAAUAUCAAACCAAAAUAAAAGUUAAAACCUAAAAUUUCACAUAACACUGAGUAAGAAGUGAGACUAUCUUUAUUCAUUAGAAGAGUAGCAAUAUAAGAUUGGAAAAUCAUGGGAUAACGAAACUAAUCAAAUAGAUCAGGACUAAUCAAUGGAAAAUCAGAUAAACCUCUUACAUUAGAUAAUCAAUCUAAUCAAUUAUAUAACAAAAAAUUAAAAAGUACAAAAAAAUAUUUUGAAGAACCUCCAUAAAUUACAGAAAUUACAGAACCAUUUAUUUGUGGUUGGUUAUAAUUAAAUAAUGAAGAAAUUUGA